AUGGCAGAGGCUGGUAUUUCAGUAGAUCAGUUAUCAGUGGAUCAGUUCAGCUGUCCAGUGUGUCUGGAUCUCCUGAAGGAUCCUGUGACUAUUCACUGUGGACACAGUUACUGUAAGGUGUGUAUUAAUGGCUGCUGGAAUCAGGAGGAUGUGAAGGGCGUCUACAGCUGCCCCCAGUGCAGAGUGACUUUCACCCCAAGGCCUGUUCUGUGCAGGAACAACAUGCUGGCUGAAGUGGUGGAGAAACUGAAGAAGACUGAACUCCAAGCUGCUUCUCCUGCUCACUGUUACGCUGGACCUGGAGAUGUGGAGUGUGAUUUCUGCACUGGGAGAAAAUACAAAGCUGUCAAGUCCUGUCUGGUGUGUCUGGCCUCCUAUUGUGAAGCUCAUCUUAAACCUCACUAUCAGUCUCCUGCCUUUAAGAAACACAAGUUAGUUGAAACCUGUGCAGAGCUCCAAGAGAAGAUCUGCUCUGAACACGACAAACUGAUCGAGAUCUUCUGUCGUACUGACCAAAGCUUCAUCUGUUAUUUGUGUACGAUGGAUGAACAUAAAGGUCAUGAAACAGUUUCAACUAAAGCAGAAAGAAAUGAAAAACAGAAUGAGCUAAAGGAGGAGCAGAUGAAAUCCCAGCAGAGGAUCCAGGAGAAGCAGAAGGAGGUGCAGGAGCUGAAACAGACUGUGGACACUAUUAAGAAGCGUUCACAGGCAGCAGUAGAUGACAGUGAGAGGAUCUUUACUGAGAUGAUCAGCUCCAUGGAGAAAAAGUGCUCGGAGGUGACGGAGCUGAUCAGAGCUCAGGAGAAAGCUGAACUGAGUCAAGCUGAGCGACUCCUGAAGCAACUGGAGCAGGAGAUUGCUGAUCUUCAGAGGAGUCUCACUGAGCUGGAGCAGCUUUCACACACACACGAUCACAUCCACUUCCUCCAGAGUUUCCCGUCUCUCUGUGUUUCUCCUGGAUGUGACGACUCACCCAGCUUCACUGUCAAUCAACAUCUCUCGCUUGCUGGAGUGAGGAAAUCUCUCUCAGAUCUGAAAAAACAAGUCGAGGAAAUCUGUGAGGAGGAAUUCAAUGUAAUCCAUCCACAAGGUAAACAAACAAACAUUUGUUCUUCUCCAUUUUGUCUCUGUGUCUCUACAGCUGCAGCAGUUCACAUGAUUUUACCCUCAGAACCAAAGAGCAGAGAAGAUUUCCUGCAGUAUUUCUGUUAUCUGACUCUGGAUCCAAACACAGUAAAUCCUAAACUCAUUCUGUCUGAGAAGAACAGAGCGGUGACACGCAGUGGGACAAAACAGAGAUACUCUGAUCAUCCAGAGAGAUUUGACUUCAGGUCUCAGGUGUUGUGUAAGGAGAGUGUGUGUGGACGCUGUUACUGGGAGGUGGAGCGGAGGGGUGGUGUGGACAUAUCAGUCUCAUAUAAAGAGAUCAGCAGGAAAGGAGGGGGUAAUGAGUGUGGGUUUGGAUUCAACAGUCAGUCCUGGAGUCUGCAGUGUUUUCCUUCCUCUGUCCGUUUCCGACACAAGAACAUUAAGACUGAUCUCCGAGGUCCAUCAUCCUCCAGACUAGGAGUGUAUGUGGAUCACAGUGCAGGAACUCUGUCCUUCUACAGCGUCUCUGACCCGAUGAGGCUCCUCCACAGAGUCCACACCACAUUCACUCAGCCUCUAUACGCUGGGGUCUGGAUGUGGGGUUCUGACUCAUCUGUGAGGUUUUGUAAUCCGAUGAAAAAAUGAAAUGUUGGUAAAAGUUGA